AUGGUUUGGGAUUUCCUUUCACUCCGUCCUGAGUCACUGCACAUGCAAACGUGGCUUUUUUUCAAUCGUGGAAUUCCAGCCGGCUACCGAUUCAUGAACGGCUACAGCAGUAACACGUUUGCUAAUGUCAAUGCUGAGAGGGAUGCCGGUUAUAGAAUACAAAAUGAUAGCGUUAUGAACGAGGUUCCUUCGCAACUUGCUGUUGACGAGCUUGCCGCCUUCAACGUAAACAAAGAUGCAGAAAGUUUGACCAGAGAGAUGCUAUCAGAGAAAGAAGAUGAAAGCGCAAAUGAACAAAACUUUCAAUUGACAAGCGACAACGCCACGGCAGACGAGCAUCCAGUCGAACACAUAUUACAAAGUGAGGUCGUGCCGCUGGAUUCGAACGCAUCGAUCCAAGAAACGAUUGCCUUCAUGUCGCCGCAAAGAUCGGAUGCACCAACAGAUAUCCCGACAAGUUGCUGUGCUUUUGUAAUGAUAAAGGAAAGCUGUGUUGCAAGCUCUCCAUCAUAUGUCGUGAAGGAUACCGACCACAACACCCCUGGUAGUGCGAUGAACGCUAUGGAAUUAUCUGCAGAAAGCAGUGAAGAAAACCAAGCAGUGUCUGUUGACCCUGAAGUUCCGCUCGAAAAGGAGUCGCCCGUUCAAGUACCAGUAGUAUCUGAAUAUAGUGUGCAAUACGACUGCAGUUUGAACAAAGAGAAGCCCACUGAGUCGACCGUUGAUAGUAUCGUCACCUAUACUAUUCGAACUAACAAUCAUGCCAUUGCAUCGUUAGAGCGACUGAACGAGGUGGAAGCCGAUUACAAGAGUGCGAAGACUUUGCUUUCGAUACAGGAAGAUAGAUUGCGUCAAGUGAAAAGCAGCAGUAAAAGUUGUCGAAGGAUGGAAAUUCUUUGCGGCAUUGCUUAUGAUCUACAGUGGCAUGUUGCUUCUCCUUCGUGCGGCUUGAACGAAAUCUCGAAAACAAGAGCUGUUGGAGCUGACGCGUUGCAAGCUGGCUUAGAGCAUUUUCUAGCUGUGGACAUACCUAUUGUCGAUAACCAAGUUGCCGAAAAGAAGACAGAAGCUGUUAAGCUUAACAGCAUUUCGAAUGGCAACAAUAUGCCAUUAAUUCAAACUGAUAUGCACGACGACCGACCUGGUGAUGGAAAUGAUAGAGUGUGGGAGGAAGAUGAUUCGUUUGAAGAAGGAGCAUUUGAUGACCUGGCAAGUGAAUCAGAUGAGCAAGAAGAUGUUGCGGCGCAGGUUUCUUCUGAAAAGAGUAACUUGAAACUCGGAGGUGAUUUUCUGGCCGUAAAGAUGGAAGAAGAGGCGUCGCUUCGGUGGCCUCGCGAGCUACCGCCGUUUUUGUGGUCCCUACUAGAACGAGUAAUAUCUUCUGAUCCACAAUCGUACGUUAUGAGGGUAACACUGAAGCGAUUGAUCGAUGAAAUCGCAAAGGGGGACCCAUACUAUUACCUGCACCCGACGAAUGCGUCUAAGAAUGCGAAUGUAUCUUCGCCGUUGCACUCGUCGCCCUCGCCAGGCUGUGAAUUCGGAUGCCGGGGCGCGUCAGCUUUGAAGUGGGAGCGAAAACUCGUGUCACAAAUCAGCUCGCGGAUGAAGUCCUUUGAUAACGUAGCGUAUUCGCUAGCCCGUAGUAGCGGAGGCAAAGAAGUCCUUAACCGCAAGAAGAUGAACUCGAUAAUCCGCAAAUUGCAUCUUGUUGCGAUGCAGCUGCACUCACUGGUAUCACACCUGUAUUGCGUGAAGGGCCACGUGACAUGCAAAGAGGUUGAUUCACUACCAGUGGCACUGAAUAAUUCUCAUUUUGAGCGCAAGAUGGGUGUAUACAAGUCAAGGCUAAAGCUUGUGGUUCCGCAUAAGUAUCAGCAGCAGACUCAACAAGAGCAACACAGUUCAAAUGAACCUGGCGAAGAGAUUUUACGGGAAACGUACGAGUUCUUUCCCGAGCUGCUCUUCUGUAUUGAUAUCUGGGGAUAUAAUUAUCGAGAAAGCCUAGGAAAGCAGCACAACAACAAUUUGAUCAGUGGUAAACUUGCUGGCUCGGAAGCAAUCUCGGAGACUGCGCUGUUUCCACUCCGUUAUUUCCGGAAAGUGGAAAGUCUGGCGUUUGACUUUGAGAAUGACAGCAAUGAUCUGCUUCAUUGCGUCUGUGACGAGCUCCUUAACAUCGUGUGUUUGUGGAACGAUUUUAAGUGGACCGAUAAUCUUGAGGCUGUGGCAUUAGAUCGGGUGUUGUCUUUUGAGGCGGAUGUGACUGCUAGUAUCCUCAAGAUUCUUGAGCUUUAUGCUCACCACCUGCAGGCAUUAUGGUCAGUGCGUCUCAUGAAUGAACCUGACCAGCUUCGAUGUAUUCAAUUCACGGAGUUCAAUGCGUAUUUGUAG